AUGGCCUCCUCGCCAUACUACGAACCCAGCAUUGCUCCAGCGUCAUUCGUGGCAAGCUGGCGUAAGAAAUUAAGGACGCAACCGCGGCAGACCUCGUCUAUUUACAGUAUUCCCGACAAUGAUUGUCCCUUUGAGUACGAUGACGAGCCACUCCACAAAGAAGCCGACGAAGUUUUCGACGAUGCUGAUGGUCAAGUGGCUGAGGACAACAACUGGGCCCCAAAUUCCCCAAGUGUGGUUCUGUCUGAACUCGACAACCUGGAGCAACAGUUGCCGGAGGUAUCCAUGGCUCUUGCAGGAACAAUGAUUCGACAGUUAGACAGCCAAGUGCAGGCGAUGGACGAACAGAUCAAACAGCAAGAUGUGCUGAGCGAGAGUCUACAAAAUACGAUGGAAGCUUUGGGGGAAAGAUAUAACGGGAUCGAUGCCCUGGAGGAGCGAGUAGCAGAGUUACAGACUAAAUUAGACGCACUAGGUGAAAAUCAGGAGGGUUCUAAUGCUGGCCGCAGAUCAGGUGGCCGCAGCCGUCAGGCAUCCUGA